AUGUCGAGUUUCGUGACGGUGUUGAUUGCGUUUUCCGCAUUUUCCACACUAAUCCAGUGGACGCCGGUCGAUGCCGCGAACAUACUGGCGGUGGAGACAAUCCCGGGCAAGAGCCACUGGAACGUUAUGCGAUCCGUGCUGAGGGCUCUGACGGAACGCGGCCACACGGUCACCGUGUUCACGCCGUUUGUGGACGGCGAUCGGGAUGGUUACAUGGAGGUUGAUGUGUCCGAGCAAAUGGUACCGGUCGUGGGCGCUAACUUGACAUACCUGAUGGAAACAUUCGGACACAAGCGAUUAUUUGUUUCGUUCGCAGCGAACGUAACUCGGGCGGAUUGCGACAAAAUUCACGAACACCGACUGAUGGUGGACAUCAUGAAUGGAGUGACGGAGCGGAAAUUCGAGUUGGUCAUCACCGAACCGUUCAUGUCUGAGUGCGUGGCAUACGUGGCCUCUGUGCUCAGCGUGCCAAUGGUUUACGUGGUACCGACGCCCAUCUCCACGUUCCUGGAACGUCCGCUGACCGGACACAGCCCAAACCCGGCGGCCAUCAGCCACGUGCUGUCCCGCCGAGGCGUUCCUAGAACGUUCACCGAGCGUUUUGCCAACGCGAUGCUGACGGUGUACUGUUCGCUACUCAUGUGGUACGCUGAGCGUCAGCACCAGAUGGACGACCCGCGACCGUACGACGCCGUGCACCUGGUAAAACCGUCGCUGAUUUUAUCCAACACGCACUUCAUUACCGAACCGGCUAGGCCGCUGACGCCGGACGUUGUAGAAAUCGGCGGCAUACAUCUCGCCCCUCCCGAACCGAUACCGAAGGAUAUAUUAGAAUUCAUCGACGAUGCGCCUCAGGGGGUGAUUUACUUUACGUUCGGUUCCGUGGUUUCCAUGUCGACGUUACCGGAAAACGUACAGAUCGCGUUCAGAGAGGCUCUCGCUAGCGUCCCACAGAAGGUGUUGUGGAAAUACGAAGGUGAAAUGGAGAACAAACCGAAGAAUGUGAUGACGCGGAAAUGGUUUCCACAACGUGACAUCCUCUUGCACCCCAAUGUGAAACUUUUCAUCAGUCAUGGAGGUAUAUCCGGAGUGUACGAAGCUGUGGACGCAGGCGUUCCUGUAAUAGGAUUUCCUGUUUUCUUCGACCAACCGAGAAAUAUUGACAAUUUGGUUGACGCUGGGAUGGCGAUCUGCAUGGACUUGUUAUCCGUUACUAAAGAAACGUUUUUGAAUGCCGUUUUGGAGAUCUUCAACAAUGAUCGGUAUCAAAAAAACGCCAAAUUGGUUUCAGUACUGUUCAAAGACCGUCCCAUGUCACCUGUGGAAUCAGUGGUUUUCUGGACAGAAUACGUUUUACGUCAUAACGGAGCGGCACAUUUAAAAUCUCAAGCUUUGAAUCUGAAGUGGUAUCAAUAUUUUUUAGUUGAUGUAAUUAGCACAUUUUUGUUCAUUGUGUUUAUCUUUUUUUUUAUAAUUUAUUAUGGCCUAAAAAUGGUUUUUAAAUACAUUUUUAAAUAUUUCCAUAUUGUGAAAGCAAAACGUGAAUAA